GGUUGGCAGUUUUUCCCACUCUCCUCACUCUGCCUCCCCUCCUAGCGCUCCCCAAUCCAAAGGGGUGUGGAAGAGGAGGAGGAGGAGGAGGAGCAGUAGCGGUAGCAACAGAAGCAGCCCUUUUCCAUGACGCGCCAGAGCGGUUCUAAUUCCUACCUCCUCCGGGUUGCAACCAGUCAGCCAGGAGGCACCAAACUGUUAGCGACGAAGACGCAGAGCUUGGUGACUUUCACUACCCUCCCACCCACUACUCCAGGCAUAUUUCGGGGGCGGCAGCAGAGGUGGCAGGAUGUGAGACCAGCCUGGAGUUCACUUCCCUGGGCGCCGCUCCCUCUUCAGAGCCAGGGCGUGUGGGCUUUUGCACACUGGCUGAAGGGUUCCCCUGAAAAACUGGAGCAGCAUAGGAGCGAGAGGGAUCAGCAGAGUUCACACCUGCCGCCUGCGUUACAGUCAGGCUCCUCAAAAAGUCCACAAAGCUCCGCUGAACUCUAGAAGUCAUCCCGGAGCAGAGAGAAGUUUCCUGGCGUCCUGUUUUGCUAGGACUGGGAGUGAAGAAAACGGGCGGGGCUGUUCUGUCCGCUACUUGGGGAGACGUAGUCUUCCCCACACCUCUUCCAGCAGCUCUUGUCUUUGGGUAGCCUCUCUGACUGCCCGGGAAGUCUGAGCCCGCCUAUUCAGAAGCCGGCUCGCCAUCUCCUCCUGGAAAUGGAACUACCCGCCUGAGACCUGCUGUACAUUGCUGGUUGAUUUGCAAGACUCAGGCACAACAAAGUGAACAAUGAAGCCACCAUUUAUUUUGGUCCUUGUGGUCUAUUCUGUAUUCAGCACAAAUUUGAAGAUGGUAUCAAAGAGAAAUUCUGUGGAUGGCUGCAUUGACUGGUCAGUGGAUCUCAAGACAUACAUGGCUUUGGCAGGUGAACCAGUUCGAGUGAAAUGUGCCCUUUUCUACAGUUACAUUCGUACCAACUACAGCAUGGCCCAAAGCACUGGGCUCAGGCUUAUGUGGUACAAAAACAAAGGUGAUUUGGAAGAGCCCAUCAUCUUUUCAGAGGUCAGGAUGAGCAAAGAAGAAGAUUCAAUAUGGUUUCACUCAGCUGAGGCACAAGACAGUGGAUUUUACACUUGUGUUUUAAGAAACUCAACAUAUUGUAUGAAGGUGUCAAUGUCCUUGACUGUAGCAGAGAAUGAAUCAGGCCUGUGCUACAAUAGCAGAAUCCGCUAUUUAGAAAAAUCUGAAGUCACUAAAAGAAAAGAGAUCUCCUGUCCAGACAUGGAUGACUUUAAGAAGUCUGAUCAGGAGCCCGAUGUUGUCUGGUACAAGGAAUGCAAGCCAAAAAUGUGGAGAAGUAUAAUAAUACAGAAAGGAAAUGCUCUUCUAAUCCAGGAAGUUCAAGAAGAAGAUGGAGGAAAUUACACAUGUGAACUUAAGUAUGAAGGAAAACUUGUAAGACGAACAACUGAAUUGAAAGUUACAGCUUUACUCACAGACAAGCCUCCCAAGCCAUUGUUCCCCAUGGAGAAUCAGCCAAGUGUUAUAGAUGUCCAGCUGGGUAAGCCUCUGAAUAUCCCUUGCAAAGCAUUCUUUGGAUUCAGUGGAGAAUCUGGGCCAAUGAUCUACUGGAUGAAAGGGGAGAAGUUUAUUGAAGAACUGGCAGGCCACAUUAGAGAAGGAGAAAUAAGACUCCUCAAAGAGCAUCUUGGAGAAAAAGAAGUUGAGUUGGCACUCAUUUUUGAUUCAGUGGUGGAGGCUGACCUGGCUAAUUAUACCUGCCAUGUAGAAAACCGAAAUGGACGGAAACACGCCAGUGUUCUUCUACGUAAAAAGGAUUUAAUCUACAAAAUUGAGCUUGCAGGGGGCUUGGGAGCAAUCUUCCUCCUCUUUAUACUGCUGGUGAUCAUCUACAAAUGCUACAACAUUGAACUGAUGCUCUUCUAUAGACAGCAUUUUGGAGGUGAUGAAACUACUGAUGACAACAAGGAAUAUGAUGCCUAUCUGUCUUACACCAAAGUGGAUCAAGAUACGUUAGACUGUGACAAUCCUGAAGAAGAGCAGUUUGCUCUUGAAAUACUGCCAGAUGUCCUGGAAAAACAUUAUGGAUACAAACUCUUCAUCCCAGAAAGGGAUCUCAUUCCAAGUGGAACAUACAUUGAAGAUCUCACAAGAUGUGUUGAGCAAAGCAGAAGACUUAUUAUCGUGCUAACUCCAGACUAUAUUCUCAGACGGGGAUGGAGUAUUUUCGAAUUGGAAAGCAGACUCCAUAACAUGCUAGUCAGUGGAGAAAUCAAAGUGAUUUUGAUUGAGUGUACAGAGUUGAAAGGGAAGGUGAAUUGCCAGGAAAUGGAAUCCCUAAAGCGAAGCAUCAAACUUCUGUCCCUGAUCAAGUGGAAGGGACCCAAAAGCAGCAAAUUAAAUUCUAAGUUUUGGAAGCAUUUAUUAUAUGAAAUGCCUAUCAAGAAAAAAGAAAUGCUUUCUCGAUGCCAUGUUCUAGACUCUGCAGAACAAGGACUUUUCAGAGAACUCCAGCCUAUACCCUCAAUUGCCAUGACCAGUACAUCUGCCACUCUGGCAUCAUCUCAAGCUGAUCUCCCUGAUUUCCACCAUUCAGAUUCAAUGCAAAUGAGGCACUGUUGCAGAGGCUAUAAACAUGAGAUGCCAACCACCACCUUGCCAGUACCUUCCUUAGACAACCACCAUACUUACUGUAACUUGCCUCUGACACUACUCAAUGGACAGUUACCCCUUAAUAACACUCUGAAAGACACCCAGGAAUUUCCUAGAAACAAUACCCUGCUACCUUUAUCAUCCAAAGAACUUAGCUUCACCAGCGAUAUUUGGUAGUGAAAAAUAUGAAAUCCUCCAAACAGCUAUCUGAGCAUACAGAAUUUCUGCUGUACCAAGCAUAAAGUACACCUAAGAACAUUGAGGUGCUGAAAAAGUGAAUAAAAAGGCACAGAAAUCACUUUUAUACUCAAAUAUUUUUGUUUAUAUUUCCUGACUAAUGGGGGGAAGGAAAGACUUGCUUUUGUAGUAUGGCACCUUGUUCCAAUGUAUAGUUUUAAUUUCUUCCUAAAAAAAAUUUAAAAACUUUGUUGUUUUCACGUAGGUUUUAUUAUUCCACAUGGACUGCAACCUUAUUAGGUGAGCUAUCUCCCCCAUAUUUAUGAAUAUUUCAGCAUUUACAUGGUAUUUGAAAUAAGGAAAACUUAAAGACUAAGUGAAUUUGAAAACUCUGAACUAACUUUAAGGGGAAAAGAUAACUUUUUAUAGAGUAACUGAAAAAUCAGAAAUUAUAAAGAAAAUUUUGUUGACUAACUCCAAUUGGAAGACUGUUUGUAAAGGAAGAUCAGUUGAGGAAAAAAAAAACAUGAUUGAAACAUGUAAAAUCUCUCCAACACCAUGGACAACUUCUAUAGACUAAAUCAACAACUCAUAAUAACAGCUUUUAGUUUUGUUAGGCCAUAUCUUCUGUAGGCAAACUGGUAGGUAGGUAAACAAUGUGCAUUUCUUAAGCAAAUGAAUAGACAGGGUGUGAGUUUUUAGGAUGAUUUUGAACAACACUUACGGCUUUCUGGCUUAUUUCAAAAGUUUUACAACUUUGAAAACCCAUCUUGAAGUACACCUUUUACUGUUUUCUAACAAAUUUACAUUUAGACUUUUUUCCAAAUGCUCUCUUGACCUGCUAUAAGCUUUAUGAAGAUAUUGGUAUUUUCUUACUUGAUUUUCAGCAUCAUUGGAGUUUGAAUUUAAAUAUGUAUUGACUGCAAGUGUCAGCAAUUGAAAAGAAAUAAUAUUCACAGAUGAAGUGCUAAAUGAUUUGAGCUUACUAAUGGUAGAGCAGCAAUUGCAGAGAUUCUCAUCUGCCAAGUGGUUGUGAAAUAGACUGUUCUAUAUGUACACUGUGUCUGCUUGGCCAUGAGUGCAAGGUUCCUGCAGAAGUAUCUCUAUUUCCGGUGCUUCUAAGAGUAUAUUUGAUAGACUAAACUUGUCCAUCCUCAUGCAGUGACUGUGACUGCACCAUACCCCAAAAUAUCUGUGAAUAAUCUAUUCCAUAUUUGCUGUAAGUAAUGUGCCCCUAUUUUAGUAUCUAUUGUGGAUUACUACUUUGUAUGCUUUCCAAUUAGUCAAAUUUGGUGUACUCUCCACCUAG